AUGCGCUCACUUGUCGGACUAAUCGCUGUUGUUGUUACAGCCAGCUUGUACCUGUAUUCCCUGUCCUUGUACCUUCCUGCGGCACCGCGGCGACGUCCUCAUACAACCGCCGAGAGUGAACAUGUGGAGUCCGAGCAGCCCGCUGACAGCUCCGGGGAACCCGGCAGGUUGAAGUUCCCCUCAGACUUGGAGGAGCUGAGGGAACUGGCUGAGCUCCUGCAGUUUUACAAGACCGAGCACACCGGAUAUGUCCUGCUACUCUUCUGUAGUGCUUAUCUCUACAAGCAGUCCUUUGCCAUUCCUGGAUCCUCAUUACUGAACAUUUUAGCAGGAGCUAUCUUUGGACCCUAUCAAGGCCUGCUGCUUGCCUCUGUGCUCACCACUGUGGGCUCGACAAUGUGCUACCUCCUGUCCCAGGCCUUUGGAAAGCGCUACAUCGCUAACCUCUUCCCUGAUAAAGUGUCCAUGCUACAGAGUAAGGUUGAGGCGAACCAGGACUGUUUGUUCUUCUUUCUGCUCUUCCUGAGAUUCUUUCCCAUGACUCCCAACUGGUUUCUGAACAUGUCUGCCCCAAUUGUCAACAUCCCCAUCACCUUCUUCUUCAGCUCAGUCUUCAUCGGCCUCCUACCCUACAACUUCAUCUGUGUCCAGACGGGCGUCAUGCUGUCAGAAGUGGCGUCGCUGGAUGACUUGUUCUCCUGGGAGAGGCUACUGCAGCUGCUGACCAUCGCCUGCAUGGCUCUGCUGCCCGGCACACUCAUCCGCCGCUUCAGUCAGAAGCGUCUCAAACUGGAUGUCCAGUCGCAGAACGGGCUCAUCACAGAUAAGAAGGUCCAGUGAUUUGUUCUGGGAAUGAGUUUGUUCCCCGACUCUUUGAUGCCCUCUGCCCCCAGGAGUGAAUGUAUUAAAAGUGGUGACUCUUCCGGAAAAAAACUUUGCCCACACACGUGUAAAGGUUUCUUUUAUCUGGGUGUGCUUUACCUUUCUGGAGCCACCUGCAGACGGGAGAGCUUUUAGAAAAAUAAGACUGGCACAGUGGAAUUUGAAGCCAAGUUUUUAUGUUUAACCAGAUGUUGGCAUUUCUGUGCCACAGCAUGCACAAUGUAUGUAUAUACCUGUAUGAAUGUACAGCAAUCAUAAGGAGAGGGAGGGAUUUAAAGGAUAUGUAAACAGUUGGUGUUUCAAGUGCCUGUCGUGCAGUAAUAGACUCCGUUUCAAACUUCUACCUCCAACUUGGACUUGUGGAAAAGUUAAUGUGCCAGCCUACUCAUGUUUGUUGUAGCUGGAUGGUUCAGAUGAUUGUUUUUUUGAUUUAUGUGAAUAAUUUCAUUUGUUGAUGUUGAUGUUUGCAGCAUAUUAUACAACUUGAAAUUGUAUUUUUCUUAUUUGACAAUCACAUUUUCACUAUAAAUUGUAAUACAGCGUGUAGGUAAACUUACUAUUUGCUAUUAAAUACUAUUUUUAAACUCUG